AUGAGCGGUAAAAGAGCAAAAAAAAUGAAUGUUACGGGAGCAAAAAUCUGUGACGAAUUACCUUAUCCGGAAACCCGAGAUAUAGUUUUACCAAAUCAAACUGAAUGUGUUUCCCAGAUUGCUGUUGAUAUCGGUGGUUCUUUAGCCAAAGUAGUUUAUUUUUCCAAAAGACCAAAUACUACCAAAGGUGGAAGCUUAAAUUUUAUUAAAUUCGAAACUGAUAAAAUUGACGAAUGUAUAGAUUUUAUAAGUAGUUUAGUUGCGGCAAGAAGGAACCCCGAUGCAUCUGACUUGAAGAAAAAAAUUGUUAUAAAAGCUACAGGUGGUGGGGCUCAUAAAUUUUAUGAUUCAUUUACUAAAAAAUUAAAAGAGGUUAAAGUGGAAAAGGAAGAUGAAAUGGAAUGCUUAAUCAUAGGAUUGAAUUUCCUGAUCUCAGAAAUUCCUUAUGAAGUCUUUACAUAUAGCGAACAUGAUCCAAUGUGCUUUGAAGGUACUCCAACUCCAGCGAAUAUGUUUCCGUAUAUGCUUGUAAAUAUCGGAUCCGGUGUAAGUAUAUUGAAAGUAACCGAUUCUGAUAAGUUUGAUCGUAUCUCUGGUACUUCGUUAGGAGGGGGCACUUUGUGGGGCCUACUAUCCCUAUUGACUGGUGCAAAGUCAUUUGAUGAAAUGUUGGAACUAAGCAAAAAUGGUGACAACACGAAUGUGGACAUGUUAGUCGGUGAUAUAUAUGGGUCAGAUUACAAUAAAAUUGGCUUAAAGUCCACAACGAUCGCUUCUUCAAUGGGCAAAGUGUUCAAAAAAAAUGUUAAACAAGACGUCGGAAAUUUUAGAAGUGAGGACAUUUCAAAAUCUUUGUUAUAUAUGGUCAGUAAUAAUAUUGGACAGAUUGCUUAUUUAAAUGCUAAAGCCCAUGGAUUGAAAAGAAUUUAUUUUGGUGGAUGUUUUAUCAGGGGACAUCCGAUUACGAUGAAUACGUUGUCUUAUGCCAUCAACUUCUGGUCUCAAGGAACAAUUAAGGCUUUAUUCCUUCGUCAUGAAGGAUAUCUUGGUGCGGUUGGCGCUUUCCUUAAAAAUAAAAAACAACGUUCAUAUUCAUUCUCGGAAAUCUUUACAAAGCCACAAAUGAUUACGGAAGAUUCCAUCAAUGCUUAUGGAACCUUGGAAAGCACUUCAACGAAAUUAGUAGCAUUCCCAAAGCUAAAAAAUUUGGACGAUUAUCAUCCAGACACAUUGCAGUUGACAGACCCAACAGCUCAGAGACACUGGAUUGAUGCGUUAGAAAAGAACCUUCAUAAUCUUGUUGAAUUGGCUGUAGAAUGGUCUUCGAAUGGCGAAUAUGGUGAGCAAUACAAAGAGGAUGUUAAGCGUAGAGCAUCAUCAUUUGAUACGUUAUUCCGUAGUCAUUUGGCAAUGUUAAGAAAUCAACCUAACAUGUAUGGUGCUUUGACGGUUCGAAGCCUUUUGGAUCUUCGAGAGCAAUGUUUACACGAACUUGGGUUUCCCGAUAUUUUUGCUAAAGUCAAGACAGAAGAAAAUAAGUUGGCGUUACUUAAUUUACAAGAAAUAUUGAACAAAGUGGAUUCUAUACAAUCAGUGGAAGAUAAAAUCGAAUUAUUGAUAGAAAAUGUUUUGGCCGGUAAUAUGUUUGAUUGGGGAUCAAGUCAAGUAUUGGAAAUGCUAAGAAAGGGAGAAUUAUCUUUUGAAACAGCCAAAGCGAAAGUGACGAGACCUGAUCAUUUGAACAAUACUAGAAGCUUUAUAGAAAGGAUUACGAGUAAAGAUAAGCCACCUUUCAAGAAGGCAGUGAUCUUUGUAGACAACUCUGGUGCUGAUAUAAUCUUGGGGAUAAUCCCUUUUGCUAGAUUUUUAAUCUCAUUAGGAAUGGACAUUAUUUUGGCCGCCAAUAGUUUUCCCGCCGUUAAUGAUAUUACUUUUGAAGAAUUAUCAGUAGUAGUAACAUCGAUCGCUGAAAUUGAUCAUUUAAUAGCGGCGGCAUGGACAUCCAAAAAAUUAUCAGUUAUAGGAACUGGUAGCGCAAGCCCUUGUUUGGAUUUACGGAGGAUAAACGAUGAUUUAGCUGAGGAAUGUAAAGAUGUUGAUUUAGUUGUAUUAGAGGGAAUGGGAAGAGCCAUUCACACAAAUUACAAUGUGAAAUUUACAUGUGAAUCACUUAAAAUUGCAGUAUUUAAAAAUGCCAUUACCGCGAUGGAAUUAGGUGCUCAUAUGUAUGAUGCGAUAGUUUCAUAUGAAGGAAAUAAUUGA